AUGGUCGCUACGGAAAUUGCACGGAUCGAUUGCCUGUUUUAUGUGAAACGUUCUCAUGUCGACCGGACUAUCGAUUUGGUUAGAGUGGAUUCACUUGACUCAUGGUUUGGCGAAGAAGGGAAUCGAUCAUUCAGAAAAUAUCCCCAAGAGACAUGGCUUCGACAAAAUGAAGGAGAGAUUUCGAUUGAAUUCGAUGGGAAACCAGGGGAAAGACGAUGGAGAAUCGAGAAUUCGCAACGAUUGGGAGUGAUUCUUGUGAUAACCGGCCACCUCCCCGAGGACUCAUUUCUAAACAUUUCCUCGUGCAAUUCCCUC